AUGUCCGUGAGUAUCCUAGUGAUCCUUGCGUUGAAUGCAUGGCUUCCAGCACAAGCCCACACAAGUUUCCGCUUCAACAAAUUCAAUGCCUGCACCCUUUAUCAGAUUGAAAAUCCUUCAAUCUGCUCCGGUGCCAUCUGCCUCACCAAUCAAUCACAACAACAUAUGUCUAGCCGAGCUUUAUAUACCGAGCCUGUGCGGAUGAAAGAUCCCAACUCCAGAAAUAUGAGCUCAUCAUUCAGCACCACCUUUGUAUUCACAAUCGUUCCUCUUUCUUCCAGUCCUUCACACGGUGGACAGGGGAUGGCUUUCAUCAUAACGCCCAGUAAGUCUUCGGUUGGACAUUCAUCAGCCCAGUUUGUCGGUUUGUUCAACAUUUUCAGCGUCGGCAAGCCUUCCAAUCAUCUGUUUGCCGUUGAAUUCGACACAACCCUCAACGAGGAAUACCAAGACAUCAACGACAAUUACGUCGGCAUGGAUCUCAACGGCCUCACCUCUGUAAAGGUUGAACCUGCCGGCUACAGGAUUGGCAACCAGUUGCAUCAAAUUGAUCUCAACAGUGGACACAAUAUUCAGGCUUGGAUCGACUACAAUCAUACCCAAAAUCAACUGAAUGUUACAAUGGUAGAAGCCGGUUCACUUCGACCGAAAGAGCCUCUUAUAUCUCUUAAUAUUACGAAUCUGUCCAACAUUUUCGAAGAAGAAAUGUACGUUGGUUUCUCUGCAGCAACAGGAACCAUCGUUGAAGACCACUGUGUCCUUGCCUGGAGCUUCAGCACAAAUGGAUCCGUACCUGAGCUGGAUCUAUCUCAUCUUCCUUCCCUCAUUAUGCCCAAGAAUUCGAGCUCUCGUCUUAUAGCCGAAAUUACUACACCUCUGGCACUUGUCUUGUUGCUUCUGGUUGUUGCAGCUUUAUUUUGGUGGAGGAGAAAUAAGUACAGAGACGAUAUUGACGAAUGGGAGAUGGAGUAUUGGCCUCACAGGUUUAAGUACAAAGACUUGCAUAUUGCAACCAAAGGCUUCCAAGACGAACAAGUUUUGGGCUGUGGAGGUUUCGGUCGGGUUUACAAAGGAGUCCUCCCUGCUAACGGCCUUGAAGUUGCUGUUAAAUCCAUCUUUAAAGAAGCCAACGAAGCCCUGAAGGAAAUCAUUGCAGAGAUUUCAAGUUUGGGGCAUUUACAGCACCGAAAUCUCGUACAAAUCAGAGGCUACUGCAGGAGGGGAGCAAAGUUAUUCAUAGUGUAUGACUACAUGCAAAAUGGAAGCCUGGACAAGAUGAUAUUUGACAAUAGCGAAAGCGUGCUGGCAUGGGUUCAUAGGUACAGAAUUCUGAGGGACGUUGCUGCAGGACUGCUGUAUCUUCACGAAGGGUGGGAGAAAAUGGUAGUGCACAGAGACAUCAAAUCCAGCAACGUUUUGUUGGAUUCUGAACUUAAUGGUAAGCUGGGGGACUUUGGGCUUGCUCGCCGGUACGAGCAUAAAGGAAACCUACUAACUACUCGUGUGGUAGGUACGCUCGGGUACAUUGCACCGGAGCUGGUAAACACAGGAAAGGCCGCUCCUAGCGCAGAUGUGUUCAGCUUUGGUAUCUUAAUGUUGGAGGUUGCCUGCGGGAGAAGGCCUGUGGAUCCCUCUCUCGAUGCUUUCCAGAUAAUAUUGAUAGAGUGGGUGAGAGAGCUGUAUGCGAAAGUUAGGCUCAUGGAUGCAGCUGAUCCCAAUCUUGGUGGUGAAUGCGUUGAACAUGAGAUGGAGAAGGUACUCAAAUUAGGACUUCUGUGCUGCAAUCCUAAGCCAGAGGCGAGACCUGCCAUGAGACAGGUAUUGCAGAUAAUUGAAGGGGAAGCGUGUCUUCCCAGUUUAGAUCCAUAUGAGAUGAGUGGAGAGAGCAGUAGUUUAUAUCCAAGUACGGGAGUAUCGUUCGGCUCGAUUUCCAGGUCUUUAGAUGGACGAUAG